AUGUCCACCACCUCCGUGCGCCGCCCCUGCCUGCUCGCCCUCGCCGCCAUCCUCGCCAUCCUCCUCAGCUUUCCGCCGGAGACGGCGCAAUAUGUCCAUGGUCCUCUCCUCAACUAUCCACCGCUAACGGCGCAAGUAUCAUAUGAUCCUCCGUGGUCCGACGAGUACUGGGCCAACGAGCCCGUCGUCGGCGAGGCGGCCACCGUCGCCGCCAGACGCGCGGAGGCGGGCGGCUACGCGUACGGCUGCGCCAGGCUAUGGCUCGCAUGGGGCUGCCCUCCCGCUCCCGGCGAGGGGGUCAACGGAACCCUGGUCUACGGGAGGCGGUCCUAUGAUCGGGAGCUGGAUCGCUUCGAGGAGGAGAGGCGGCACUGCAGCGUCGACCGCGUCCAUCGGAACCAUCCGGAGGAACACCUCUUCCGUCGCACCUACCCGGCGACUAGAUUUGAUCUUUACUGUUGUGCCUGUUGCUUUUCAUGUGGUCCCUACUACAAAAAAUAAACAAUUUGUUUUCCUAGCAGCACUAGCUAGAAUUUUUUAUACGCUUCUACAGUAAUAAACCAUUGUUUCGUGCAUAAGUCUGGAUUUUUGUUUCAGACUUGUAAACAUGAUUCUUAUCAAGAAGUGGCUA